GUGCCUCAGAUAGCCCCAAUACUGUGAUGCCUGCUAUUUUUUUAUUUCAUUCUAUUGCUAAAAGUAAUGAUGACAUCUGUCUUUUUUAGUUCUUUAUCAGAGACACAAGCGGCUGAGUCAAUAAGAGAGUCUUGUAGAAUAAGCUGAAAAUGAUAA